AAGACGUUUGUGGACAUGAAGAUGCGCCAGUCGCCGAACGAUACGCUCGAUUCGUUUCACGAGUUUAUGGCCGCCCAGAACAACAGCCCGUCGAAGGAUAAGCUGCGGGAGUGGGUGGAGCUGAACUUUGACAAACCGGGUGCGGAGUUCGAGGUAUGGACACCGGACGAUUGGACCGCCAAGCCGAAAUUCCUCGACCGCAUCAAGGAUGCCGAUUUGCGCGAAUUUGCCACCGAGCUGAACAAGAUUUGGCAUGAGCUCGGUCGCAAAAUGACGACGGAUGUUGCGCUCAAUCCCGAUCUGUACUCCAUCAUCCAUGUGGAUAAUCCGGUAAUCGUCCCGGGUGGUCGAUUCCGGGAGUUCUACUACUGGGACUCGUACUGGAUCGUGAAGGGACUGCUGUUGUCCGAAAUGUACACCACCACCAAGGGCAUGCUGGAGAACUUCCUGUCGAUCAUCCAGCGUUAUGGUUUCAUUCCGAACGGUGGUCGCAUCUACUACAGUAUGCGUUCGCAGCCACCGCUACUGUGCGGCAUGUUCAAGGCGUACGUCGAAGCCACCAACGACACCAAGUUUGCGAUGGAUAGUGUGGAGAUACUCGAACGCGAGUUCCAGUUCUUCAUGAACAACUACGUGACGGAGGUGAACAACCAUCAACUCGCGACGUACGGGUAUAAAUCGAGCGGACCGCGGCCAGAAUCGUACCGGGAGGAUGUGCUCAGUGCUGCCAUCUUCGAGCGGGAAGAGGACAAACAGGACUACUACUGUGAGCUGAAGGCUGCCGCCGAAAGUGGUAUGGAUUUCUCGAGCCGUUGGUUCAUCAAGGACGGUACCAACGCGGGCAACUUAACCGAUCUCAAGUGCCGCUCAAUCGUAGCGGUCGAGCUUAACGCAAUCCUGUACUGGAAUGCACUGGUCAUCGCAGAGUUCUACGGUUAUCGUAACGAUAUCAACUCGAUCGCGAAAAAGGAAGAAUAUCUCGCCAAGGCGGAAGAGCUGAAGAAAGCGAUCAAUGCGGUGCUGUGGGAUGAGCAGGAAGGUGCCUGGUUCGAUUACGAUCUGAUCAACAAGAAGCUGCGCAAAUACUUCACACCGACGAAUCUGUCGCCGCUGUGGGUUGGAUGUUACGAUCGGGCGGAUAAGAAUCUGCCGAAGCGCGUACUUGACUACAUUGAUCGGUUGCAGCUCGAUCGCUAUCCGGGCGGUGUGCCGAACACGCUGCAGAACACCAACGAACAGUGGGACUUCCCGAACGUGUGGGCCCCGAUGCAGCAUAUGCUCGUGAUGGGGCUGGAUUCGCUCGACAACGCGGACGCGAAGGAGCUUGCCUUCCGGUGGGCACAACGUUGGGUUCGGGGGAAUUAUCUCACCUUCAACAAAACGAAGGCCAUGUUCGAGAAGUACGAUGCACAAGAGCUAGGUGGACAUGGCAGUGGAGGUGAGUACGACGUGCAGACCGGGUUCGGCUGGACGAACGGUGCCGCAAUGGAUCUGAUGAACAAGUACGGCGACAGACUGACGACAGUGGAUGGCGAAGUGAAUCCGAAUGACGAUGGAAAUGGAAACGGUGCGCUGGUAGCAUACUCCAUCAAUACCGGUAUUAUUGCCACCAUUAUAGCAUUCUUCGUUGGCGUGUUCGGCAUAUUCCGAAGGUUUUUCGGUCGAUGA